AUGGCCAAACCAAAGACACGGACGUCUCAAGAGGCCUCCAGCCCCGUCCAAGAAUCUUCAAGGAAAAUCUGCGUUAAGACGAGGCAAGAUUCCGCCGCAUCGACAGCAGCCAAAAGAUCCCCUGAAGUCAAUGUCUCCCAACAAGAGAGAGACGGCAUGCCUACGGCCACGAUGUCCUUGCAGUGCGGAGUAUGUGACAAAGUUUUCAACCGCAGGGCGGAACUGCGAACACACUUGUUCGCUCAUGCAGGCGAGAAACAGUACGCCUACGACGUGUGCGGCAGGAAAUACACAGAAAAGAAGAACCUCGUGAUCCACAGUCGCUCGCACACGGGCGAGAGGCCCUUCGAGUGUUCGUCGUGCCCGGCCACGUUCACCAGCAGCGAACGUCGGAAAAGACACAUGUUGACUCACACUGGGGAACGACCGCACGAGUGCAACGAGUGCGGACGGAGAUUCGCCACGACAUCAAGCCUCGCGCGCCACGUACCGGUUCAUUCGGGCAAGAAGGCGUUCGCCUGCCACGUCUGCGGCCGAAAAUUUUCCCAGAGGGGCACACUCCAGCGCCACGCCCGUACGCACACUGGCGAGAAGCCCUACGUGUGCCACCUCUGUCCCACCACGUUCGCACUCUUGAGCACGCUGAAAGGGCACGUCGCACGCCACACCGGCGAGCGACCUCACAAGUGCAACAUAUGCGGGCAGAGUUUCGGAUCAAGCUGCAACCUUUCCAGAUAUAUGAUCGUUCACUCGGGCGUGAAGAAGUUCAGCUGUGAAUUUUGUAGCCGCAAACUUAGUUCUAAACAAGCACUGACAGGGCACACCCGCGCGCAUACGGGCGAGAAGCCGUAUCUCUGCCACCUUUGUCCUGCUACAUUCGCGGACAGUAGCAACCUGAAGAGGCAUGUUCUGACCCACACCGGCGAGCGACCUCAUGGGGUAGCCCUGGCCUCGCAAAACUUGCAUCUUGCCGAAUAA